AUGGGAUCCUACUACUUGGGGUACCUUCGCACCUCAGGAGGCCAGCUCAAGAUGUUCCAGGUGAUGAUAGGUCUCAUCCAUAUGUUCUACCUGAUGGGCAUCAACUUCGACCGAGAGAACGAACUCUACGUCAUCCGCAUGGACGUGCUCAUCAUGCUCAUGGGCACCUUCAGCGUCGUCUUCACGGCCUCCUUCGCGCUCAUCACCGUCUUGCUGGGCUCGACGGAGGUGCCCUUCUCGCUGCUCUACAGACUCCUCUACCUCUCCCUGACCGUGGUCAUGCUCCCCGCCACGGCGGCCUUCAUCAAGGAAGAGAACAAUCACGCGUCCUUGCGGGAGCUGGUCGUGUCCUCCGUGACGUCCACUCUCCUCUGCAUCGGUAUCUUCGCCAACUUUGUGCUGGCCUACAGGCCGACCAUCUACGAGUCGCUCAUAUGGGUGCCGGUCAAGAAGCCUCCGCCAGGCUACAAGGCAGGCAAGAAGGACAAGUCGACCGUUUGA